AUGUACACGAACGACGUGAAUGUUACUUACGCCAAUGCCCUGGAAGAAUACAGAAAAGUUGGAGAUGUGAUCAGCGUGUACAAGAAAUUGUUUGACGAGAUAGACGGAAAUUAUUUAAAUGGCAUCGAGCAUGUCAUCUCCAUCGGACCUGGUCCAGGAACCGCCGACAUUUUAUUCCUUAACAAAACAGCUCCGAACCUUAUGAAAUUCACUGCCGUUGAGAAGGACGCCAGCUGCAUGGAGGCACUGAAAGAGAAUAUUGCAAAAGAAUUUUCAACUAGCGUAACUGUUGACUUGCAUUUGUCAGUGUCCCAACACUGGCAAGGCCCUCGGGAAAAAGCUGAUCUAGUCCUCAUGUUCCACAGCUUGUAUUAUUUCAACGAAGAAGAGCGUAAGGAGAUAUACAAAAAGUGUUUCAACCAUUGGCUGAAACCGAAUGGGAAGCUUUUUGUUUUAUUGCAUAAAGAUUUGUAUGAAGCCACAGACACCUUCUGUUUGAACGAUAUCUUGAGAGAAACAGGCAGAACGCCACACAUCGAGGCAUACACAAUCAAAAAGGAACUCGCCAGUCUUGGAUACGUUGUUGAGAAGGUUUACAACUACGAAUACCGCCAAGACCUGCAGGCCUUGCACGAUAACGUCGUCUCUUUCAUCAUGAUUCACGCCAACCCGCCCUUCGAAGAUGAAGAUGUUGUGAGGAGGGCCAUAAAAAAGUUGAUUGAGGACGGUAACAAGGGUUACACUAGUGGAAACUUAUUCAGCGUUGUUCAGCAACUAUAA